AUGGGCGGCGCGGGCCUCUUCUUCCUUCUCCUCUUCCUCCUCCUCAUCUUCGGCGCGAUCGGCUGGGUGAUCUUCACGCAAAUCCGCGCCCGACGUUCCGGCCUGCCCCCUCCCUCCUGGCGCUCUUACAUUCCCUUCCUCAAAUCCGACGGCAGCGGCGGGUUUGGCGCUCUUCCCACCCCUCGCUCCAGCAAUCCCAUCGAAUGGAUCAAAGACAAGCUCAGUACGCUGCGACAGGGGCGCAACAGAACAGCGCCAGGUCAUUACGAGGAGGCCGGUGGGUAUCCCAUCGGCAGUACAGGACAGUCAGCGUAUGCCGGCGGUAGACGGGCGAGGGGCAUGGAUCCAGACGAGGCGUGGGAUACAAGGGUGGGUAAUGAAGCGGAUGCCUACGGUGCUGCUGGGCCCGGUGGGUAUUACGAGGAGCAGGAGCUUGGUCUGGCGCCGACCCCUGGGCUGUACGAAAGUCAUGCCGGAGCUGCUAUGCCUGCUUACGGCGAGGGCGCAGACGUGAGAGGACGGACCCAGCAUCGUGACCCUUCGGCUGUGGUGGGUGGUCAGCAGGGCUUGGAUAGGAGGUAUGAUCAGGAGAUGGGCGGAGCUGGGAGCCAGUUGCCAAGGGGAGUUGACAGCAAUAACCCGUUCAGUGAUACGAACGAAGUGCCGAGUCUGAGAGGAGUGUCUCCCAGACCGAUGGUUGAUGCGGAUGUGGGUCAAAAUGGGAAGGGGAAAGGUGGUGGUGGGAGUCAAGAGAAUAGUCCGACAGAGAGGAGGAGCAUGUUUAGGGAGGGUUUGUGA